AUGACGCUCAGUUGUGCAGACAGAAUUACACUCGAGCUCGAUUCUCUUGCCUUCGGCAGUAUGCUGGGCCCAUCCUUGAUGCGAGUGAUGAAAACCAUCGAACCGCCAGGAGGCAUACCGCUGGAACUCCAUGUGACAAAGCAAGUCAUGACCGCCUCGUUCUCUACCAUCUCCCACGUCGGCGGGUGGGAAAGUUCCAAGGAAUUUCAAGUGAGAUUUCCAAUCUCCAAAAUCAAAACUAUCCUGGAGUCUACUACAGCCAACAAGGAGCUACGGCAUUGGGUUGUAUCUCUUCCCUAUCCUCCAGAAUAUUUUGGGAAAGUAGACAACCUCUUAGAAGUCUUGCAAGGCAAUCCUGAAAGAUGGCACUCGGCCUAUACUUGGCAAAGAGCUACAGAGAUUUCUCCAUUUGAUAAUGACCCACCAACGCACCCAAUUUCUAUGCACGAUGAGGUGCAGCCUGACGAACAUAUCGAUAUCGGGCGGUGGACUACUUUCCGUCUAUCCUUUAAUUCCGAAAGAGCAGAGAAUUCGAAGUCAUACUCGCAUCUCCAGGCUGCUUUCAAAGGCCUCAAUGUACUGGUCCGCCCAAGUUGUGACUUCGACACCAUGACAGAAGCCCCCAGCAUGUGGGAUUACCUCGAGCAUCCAUCGGCGGUGCGGGCCAGCCAGCCUUCUGCUCUGCUUAGUAUGCCACAAAAGAUACAUUUGCCUUUUCAAGUUCGCUACCAGCUCGAGGUGUGUGUAUCUCGGGGUAUUUUAAACGAAUACACAAUCGGCAUGGACUUCUUGAAAGAACUCAACAGCCUCCAACCCCUGGAUGCAACCCGUCGGCUAGAAUACCUUGUCGACCAAAACACAAGACUGCUUGAUCCCAUGAAACUUUUCGGCAUGGAAGAUGCGAAAGCCUUUGUUCCGUCCACAAGAAUUCCGCAUUAUUGCACCUAUGUUCGCAAAGCGUCUAUAACCCCCACGACUAUCCGCUUCAACUCUCCGACCGUGGAGACAUCCAACCGAGUCGUUCGGAAGUACAGCCACCUGCAGGACCGAUUUCUUCGAGUGCAAUUUGUCGAAGAGUCCGAGUUGGACCGACUUGGAAAAUCAAACUAUAAUAAUGACAAAAUCUGGAAACGCAUCGAGAGAGCCUUGUUCCAAGGUAUUCGCAUUGGGGAUCGACGGUACGAGUUUCUGGCGUUUGGGAGCUCACAGUUGAGACAGAGCAGUGCCUAUUUUUUCUGCCCUACUGCCCAUGUAUCCUGCGACAACAUUCGCGCAUGGAUGGGACAAUUUGAUCACAUCAAGUGCGUUGCCAAAUAUGCAGCUCGUCUGGGCCAAUGCUUUUCAACGACACGGGAUAUCCGAGGCAUAUGGGUGCCUCAUAUUAAACGCAUUGACGAUAUACAGCGCAAUGAUUACUGUUUCACUGACGGCGUGGGGCGCAUAUCGAAGUUUCUUUCUCAGCUCAUAGUUGAAGAAAUGACUCUAGACAUAUUCGAUCAGCCAACGGCGUUUCAAUUUCGCAUGGGAGGCUGUAAAGGGGUUCUUGCAGUUUGGCCACAGGCCCAAGGCAUGGAGGUUCACAUCAGAAAUUCUCAAGAAAAGUUCAAAUCCAACUUUCAGGCUCUGGAAAUUGUACGCUGCGCGACCUGUUCGACCGCGACUCUAAAUCGACAAACAAUUACAAUAUUGGAAAGUCUGGGGGUGCGAAGAGAGGCUUUCAUGAAGCUUUUAAAGCAACAAGUAAACUGGGUUGAGAGUGCAGCAAAAGACAACUCCAAGGCCAUUGAAUUACUGACCAAGUUUGUGGAUGAAAAUCAGUCUUCAUUGGUUCUGGCCGAACUUUUAAAGGCUGGGUUCAAGACAGAUAACGUGCGGGAUCCAUUCACUGUAAACCUUUUGAAUCUCUGGGUGUCUUGGUCACUACGCCUCUUGAAGGAAAAGGCAAGGAUACACGUGCCAAAUAGCGCCUUCGUCCUCGGGUGUGCGGACGAAAGCGGAACUUUGCGAGGUCAUUCUACUGAGACCGAAGGCAGUGCUGACAAGGAUAUCAAGAAACUCCCCCAGAUCUUCUUACAACUUACGGACCCAAAACAAUACGGGAAAACAAAGAUCAUACAAGGGCUUUGCAUAGUGGGAAGAAACCCAUCACUCCACCCAGGAGACAUUCGAGUUGUCGAGGCCGUGGAUAACCCCGAGCUUCGACACUUGAAAGAUGUUGUCGUCUUUCCGUCAAAAGGAGAUCGGCCGGUCCCACACAUGCUUUCUGGGGGUGACCUCGAUGGUGAUGACUUUUUUGUCAUAUGGGAUCAGGAGCUUAUUCCCAUGCAAUGGAAUCGCAAGCCCAUGGACUACCGAGCCAAAGAGCCCCGACAACUGGACGGGAACGUUUCGGUUGAUGCUUUACGCGAAUUUUUCAUAAACUACAUGAAAAACGAUUCUCUGGGUCUCGUUGCAGUCGCGCAUCUGGCACUUGCGGACAGGUCGACUUAUCAGUCGCACAAAGACCUGAGGGCGCACAUUGAGAAAAGGUCGACUUAUUGGUCACACAAGGCCUUGGGGGCUUUAUACGACGAAGUGAUCAAGCACACAUUCCAAUUCCGUCCUGAAUGGGAGCACUCGUUCGACAAGAGAAUCCUCGAUAAAUAUGAAGCAGACGAUGAUACCUUCACCGCAGCCAGAGCAAUCAAGGCGCAGUAUGAUUCUGCCAUACGGCGACUGUUGGUCCAGCACCAUGUCGAGACCGAGUUUGAACUGUACACGGGCUGGGUCAUGUCCAGCAAUGGCAUCACGAACAAUUACAAGAAACAGGAAGACGUGGGCCUCGAAUUCAACGUUGUAAAGCAGCGGUUCAGAGAGCAGUGCUGCAAUGUCGCUGGCGGCAGCGAAGGGCCCCAGCUGGAUAGGUUUGUUGCUGCCAUGUAUAAAGUGACCGCGGAACAGGUCGAGGAGGCGCGAAUCGGUGGCGUCGAAGGAUCCGUCGAAUAUGACAUGUCCGACUCGAGCGAGCGCACGAAGCAAAACGUGCCGUUUAUCAGUUUUCCCUGGAUCUUCCACUGGGUCAUGAUUCGACUUGCCAUGGGUGACAAGUACAAGCCAGGCGACUCCGUUCUGGCCGCAGCUCGGCGGGCUCGUCUGUUCAACAGCCGCUCAGACGUGGAAGGUCGUCUUGAGCCUAUCGGCGGUGCAACGGCUACGGCGCUGCGCAACGCCGACACAAACAGCAGCACGAAACAGGGCGCUCUUUCUAGCCUGUCGGAAAUUGGAGAGGCUCCUGGUGGUCACACGACUAGCUUGAAGGGAAACGACCCUGUCCGGGAAAGUGACGCCAUUCCAGCUAGUGACAAAACUCUACAGCAGGAUGAGGGCGAUAUAACUGAGGACAUUACCGAGUACGCCGUCAACCGUGACUCGCAGUCGGGCGAGGCUUCUGUUUUCCAGUUGGCAGCCAUGCUUGGUUUGGAGGAUCACUAG